CAGGCGCGCAUUACAUACACACGUACACUAUCAAAUUUCUUCCAUGGCCUUAUCUACAAUCUCCUCUUCAUCCUCUUCUUCAGUCACCUCUCCAUGGCCCUACGAUGUGUUCUUGAGCUUUAGAGGGGAAGAUAUCCGUAAUACUUUUACUGCCCAUCUAUAUCAUGCUUUGAUUCAAAAUGGAAUCUGCACCUACUUAGAUGAAGAUGAGCUUAGAAGAGGUGAUGAGAUUUCACCUGCACUUCUCCAUGCUAUAGAAAGUUUAAGAAUUUCCAUCAUUAUACUCUCAAAAAAUUAUGCAUCAUCAACAUGGUGUUUGGACGAGCUACUGAAGAUUCUUGAGUGUAAAAAAUCAAAGCAACAAAUAGUUCAACCUGUGUUUUACCAUGUAGAUCCAUCAUAUGCUCGAAAGCAAGAAGGAAGUUUUGGGGAAGCAUUGGCUAAACAUGCUGAUCAGAAAUUGAAUGUAGACAUGAAGAAGUUGCAGCUGUGGAAGGAAGCCCUUCAAGAAGUUGCCAAUUUGUCCGGAUACCAUCUGAUCAGAAAUGGGAAUGAAUCAAAAUUCAUUGAAAAAAUCGUUCGAGAGGUCUCAAGAAUGGCAAAUGAUCAUUUAUAUUUACAUGUUACCGAGCAUCCCGUUGGAUUAAAACCUCAUGUAGAAGAUGUCAAAUUGCGUUUAAGCGUUGGAACGAAAGACAUACGAAUGAUAGGAAUUUUUGGAGUUGGGGGAAUUGGUAAGCCAACUCUAGCCAAAGCAAUUUAUAACUUGAUUGCUUUUGAAUUUGAAGCUAGUUGUUUUCUUCCAAUUAAUAGCGACACUUGGAAUCAAGUGAAUUGUUUGGUGCAACUACAAAAGACACUUCUUUUUAAGAUUUUAGGAGACUGUAGAAGUUUGAAGGUUGACAAUAUUGAUACGGGAAAAUAUAUGAUAGAGCGUAGGCUUCACUCUAAGAGAGUUCUUCUAAUUCUUGAUGGUGUAGACCACUUGGAUCAAUUAAAAACAUUAGUAGGAGCUCGUGAUUGGUUUGGUGAAGGAAGUAGAAUCAUAAUCACAACAAGAGAUCAACACUUGUUGACUGCUCAUGGAGUUGAUUCAACAUAUGAGAUGAUGGGAUUGAAUCACGAUGAUGCUUUUCAACUAUUUUGUUGGCAUGCUUUCAGAAGUGAGAAACCGGUUGACGGUUAUGGAGAGUUUGUAGAACAGAUCAUAAAUUAUGCUGGGAGCCUUCCACUAGUUUUAACAGUGCUUGGUUUGGAUUUAUAUGGCAGAACUAAAAAAGAGUGGGAAAGUGCAUUGGAUCAGUACAGGAAAAUCCCUCACCAAGAUAUUCAAAAAAUACUUCAAACGAGUUAUGAUAGAUUAAGCGAAAAUGAAAAGAAUGUUUUUCUUGACAUUGCAUGUUUUUUCAAUUGACAAUGCCUUUAUAAUGUCAUUGAGAUGCUAGAUAGUUUUGGUUUUUGCCCAACUUUUCGAUCCCAAGACUAAGGGAGAAGUGUCUUAUUUCGGAAUUUCAUGGAAUAUUGCAAUGGAUUGGCCUGGCCAGGUGCUAUAAAGUGAAUAUGGGAAAUUGGAUAUCAAAUCCUGCAUGGAAUGGAGCUGCCAAGAUAUUUCCCAGAAAUAAGAUUCCAGAUUGGUUCAGCCAUUGCAAGGAGUUCACUUCAAAUAGUCAUCGGUGUGAAUUUGAUAUUAAAGUGGCCCCACCAUAUAAUUUGGAUGACAUCAUAGGAAUUGCUUUUUGUGCUAUUA